CCCCCCUCCAAAAAAAAAAAAAAAAAAAAAAAAGCUUCCCCUCCCUCCCCCCACGGAGCGUUUGGGGCACCCCCGCGGUUUUUCUGUUCCUGUUCCUGUGAGCUCCGUGUCCUGGUGACGCUUCCUGCGGGGGCCGGGGGGGCCAUAAAGGCUCUGGGGGGGGCCGGGCCGGCUCAGAACCGCCAUGGCCGAGCCCCCCCCGCGUCCCCCCCUGCGCCCGCACGUCCCCAAGGUCGGUGUCACCGCGCUCGUCCUCGUCCUGCUGCUGCUGUCACCGAGGGCUGGCGCUGCCACCCGCCUGCCCCCCCCGGACCCCCCAGAGACCCCAACCCCGGCCGUCCCAGGGCUCCCCCCCGAGCUGCCGCGGGUCACCAGGGGAGACAAACCAGCUGCUCACGUCGUGGCCUCCUCCUGGCCGUCCCCCCGAGGCUCCCUGGUGUGGGAAGCAGACGUGGCCCCCGCCCUGGUACGGAACGGGGUGCGGCUCCGGGGGAACCGCCUGGUGGUCCCUCGGGACGGGCUCUACUUCGUUUACGCCGCCGCCGCCUUCCAGGGCUCCCGCUGCCCCCGGCGCUCCCCCCGGCGCCCCCUGCGCCUGGCAGUGUCCCGGUUGUCCCCCGAGUACCCCCGGGACGUGCCCCUGCUGCGCGCCGCCCGCUCCGUGUGCGGCGGAGGGGCCCGGCCGGGGCUCUGGGUGGAGUCCCUGUACCAGGGAGCCGUGUUCCAGCUGCGCCGCGGGGACCAGCUGGCGGCCACCACCUCGGCGGGGAGGUUCCUGGACCUGCACGGGGCUGGGCAGGCGUAUUUUGGGGUGCUGGGGGUGGAUUAG